AUGUCGCGUUUUUUCAGGUGGAGACCGAUUAGGAAGAAGUAUGAAGCUUUGACUAUCACUACGCAAUUUCGAUGCGAACGGGUAGAUUGUCAAGUCCUUGACUUGAAAUAUGAAAUUGUAGAAGGGAAGGAGGAGGAACAGAAAGGGUGA